AUGAGGCUCGCUAUCUGCGCCCUGCUGUGCGCGGGGGCCCUGGAGGAAAGUGAUGCUGUGGUCCCCUUACUUCUCUUUCCCUUAGGGCUGUGUGUGGCUGUUCCUGAAAAAACUGUAAGAUGGUGCACCGUGUCGGAUCAGGAGGACACUAAGUGUUCCAGUUUCCGCGAUAAUGUAAAGAAAGUCUUUCAAGCAGAUGGUCCCCUUGUCACCUGCGUGAAGAGAACUUCUUACCUUGAGUGCAUCAGGGCCAUUGUGGCAAACGAAGCCGAUGCAGUGAUGAUCGAUGGAGGUUUGGUGUUUGAGGCAGGCCUGGCCCCUUACAACCUGAAACCCAUCGUGGAGGAAUUCUAUGGGCCAAAAGAUGAUCCACAAACCUACUAUUACGCUGUCGCCCUGGUGAAAAAGGGCACCGGCUUCCAUCUGAACCAGCUCCAAGGCAAGAAGUCCUGCCACACAGGCCUGGGCUGGUCCUCGGGGUGGAACAUCCCCGUCAGCAUGCUGCUUCCUUCCGGCUCUCUUGAAACAGCAGCGGCCAGGUUCUUCUCCAGCAGCUGUGUCCCCUGUGCAGAUGGGAAGUCAUUCCCCAGCCUUUGUCAACUGUGUGUGGGAAAAGGGACAGACAAGUGUGCCUGCUCCUCUCAUGAGCCAUACUUCGGGUACUCGGGCGCCUUCAAGUGUCUGGAGGAUGGCGCCGGGGAUGUGGCCUUCGUGAGGCACGUGACAGUGUUUGAGAACCUGGAACAGAAGGCUGACAGGGCCCAGUAUGAGCUGCUUUGCCCAGACAACACCCGGAAGCCUGUGGAUGAAUAUGAGAAUUGCCACUUGGCCCGGGUUCCUUCUCAUGCUGUCGUGGCUCGAAGUGUGGAUGGCAAGGAAGAUCUGAUCUGGGAGCUUCUCAACCAGGCUCAGGAACAUUUUGGAAAGGACAAGUCUUCAGGAUUCCAGCUCUUCGGCUCCCCUCUGGGGAAAGACCUGCUGUUUACCGACGCCGCCCAUGGGUUUUUAAGGGUCCCCCGUAAGAUGGACGCCAAGCUGUACCUGGGCUAUGAGUACUAUUCUCUCACUCAGCAUCUAAAGGGAGGUAUGGAAGGUGUGGAAGACUCCCAGAAGGUACAGUGGUGUGCAGUGGGCCACCAGGAGAAGGCCAAGUGUGACCAGUGGAGUGCAGUGAGCGGUGGUGCCCUGGUGUGCACCGUGGAGGAGACUCCUGAGGACUGCAUUGCCGCCAUUGUGAAAGGAGACGCUGAUGCCAUGAGCUUGGAUGGAGGAUUUGUCUACAUAGCAGGCCACUGUGGCCUGGUGCCUGUCCUGGCAGAGAAUUAUGAACCCAAACAGGGCAGUGAGCGGCUUGGGUCAAAGUGUGUGAAUGCCCCCUUGGAAGGUUAUUACGUCGUGGCCGUGGUGAAGAAAUCCGAUGCUGAUGUCACUUGGGACACGCUGCGAGGCAAGAAGUCCUGCCAUACUGCGGUGGGCACUUCCGCAGGCUGGAACAUCCCCAUGGGUUUAAUACACAACCAAACCGGGUCCUGUAAAUUUGAUGAGUUCUUCAGUCGCAGCUGUGCCCCUGGGUCUGAUCCGGAUUCCCACCUCUGUGCUCUGUGUGGUGGCAGCAGCAAUCCAGCCCACAUGUGUGCUCCCAACAGCCACGAGAAGUACUUCGGCUCCAGUGGGGCGCUUAGGUGUCUGGUUGAGAAGGGAGAUGUGGCCUUUGUGAGGCACUCCGCUGUCCUCCGGAACACUGACGGAAAGAACACUGAGGCAUGGGCUAAGAAUCUGAAGCAGAAAGACUUUGAGUUGCUGUGUCCUGAUGGCACCAGGAAGCCUGUGACUGAGGCUCACAGCUGCCAUCUGGCUACAGUGCCAAAUCAUGCUGUGGUCUCAAGGAAAGAUAAGGCAGAUUUUGUCCGCAGAAUACUCUUCAACCAACAGGAGCUCUUUGGAAGAAAUGGAUUUGAAUAUUUGAUGUUCCAGCUGUUUGAAUCUUCCACCAAGGACCUGCUGUUUAGUGAUGACACAGAAUGUCUGGCUAACCUUCAGAACAAAACAACUUAUGAAAAAUUCUUAGGGCCAGAAUAUCUUGUGGCUAUGGCUAACUUGAAACCAUGCUUAACCUCUGAACUUCUGGAAGCCUGCACAUUCCACAGGAAGUAA